CAAGAGAGGUAUUUUGAGACAUCAUUGAAAAGGCAUUCAAUUUUUACACUUCCAGUUUAAAUACUCUGUCCGCAUGAAUUCCAAUAUCCAGUCUUGGCAUGGCGACUGACGGAUGUUCCCGGAUGUCUAGAGACAAUGAGCCAUCGCAUUCCUCAUUUCCGACUUCUCUUCUCGACGAAGGCGUUUCUGGCAAACCGCUCAUCUGCUUUACUACCAGCGCAGGCGGUGGUGAAGGAGGAGACCACCGGCGUGUUCCUUCCUACUUUGACCAGGUCCCUCAGGAGCUGUUGGAGAAUAUACUGUGCUUCGUUAGAGACCGCCACGAUCGCAACGCUGCCUCACUCGUCCGCAAGUCCUGGUACCGCGCGGAGGCGAUGACCAGAUCCGAGGUCUUCAUCGGAAACGGCUUUGCCCUACCGCCCCAGCGCGUCGCAGCUCGGUUCCGUCAGCUCACCUCAUUGAUUCUCAAGCUCAAGUCUCAGUAUGGGGGUUUAUGCUCUCUGUCACGGGAUGCGCGUUUCGAGCCCUGGGUCACCGUCAUUGCCGAGGCUUAUCCAGCACUCGAGAAAUUGUACCUCAAAAACUACGCUGUCUCGGACGAUGAUUUGGAGAUCCUGGCUCUGUCAUGCCCGAAUUUGAAGGAGCUUGUGUUAGUCCAUUGUAGAGGAUUCGGGACCUAUGGACUUGGUAGGGUUGCUAGAGAAUGCAGGAAAUUAAGGGUAUUUGACGUGAUUGAAUGCUAUGUUCAUAGUAACGAUGUGGACUGGAUUUCAUGCUUCCCUGGUGAUAAUACAUUUCUGGAGUCUUUGAUCUUUGAAUAUUCUAUGAUGUCAGAGUGUUUGAAUUUUGAAGCUUUGAAGCAGCUGGUGACAAGGUCUCCUUGUUUGAAGAAACUUAGGUUGGAUUACCUGGUUUCUAUAGGCCAACUCUAUCACCUAAUGAUCAAAGCUCCUCAGCUCACCCAUUUAGGAAUAGGUAUAUUUAUGUAUUCAAGUGAACAAGAAGCUUAUGCGGGUGAACUAGCACUUCACUAUGCUUCUGCUUUUGCUGUAUGCAAUUCAUUAGUUUCUAUUUCUGGACUCAGGGAUGAACUUCCUAGUUAUCUACCUGCUCUGUAUACCGUUUGUGCCAACCUGACCUCUCUCGAUCUCAAACGUACUCUCAUCAGCUGUUCACAUUUCAAAGAGGUCAUUUUUCACUGCCAUAAACUACAGAGCCUGUGGGUGUCUGCUAGAGUCUUGGACGAAGGACUCGAGGCAGUGGCAGCAACAUGUAAGGAUCUGCUAGAGCUUCGUGUUUUCCUGGAUGAGUAUGCUUAUGAUGAUGACAACAUUGACGUGUCUGAAGUUGGUUUGCUUGCAAUUUCCGAGGGUUGCCGGAGACUAGAAUACAUAUUAUAUUUCUGCAAGAGAAUGACUAAUGCAGCUCUUGUUGGACUAUCAAAGAACUGCCCAGAUCUUUUGGUAUUCCGUCUCCACACACCGGGGUGGCAAAGCCGGAACUACUCUACGCGGGAAUCGAUGGAUGAAGGAUUUGGGGCGAUUCUUAUGAACUGUAAGAAGCUUAGACGCCUUCACACAUCUGGUUUAUUGACAGACCAGGCUUUAUGUUACAUUGGACAGUAUGGGAAAUCACUGCGUACUUUGUGUGUUGGUGUUGCUGGAAAGAAUGAAAUGGGGCUGAAAUUUGUGCUCGACGGUUGCCCUAAGUUACUAAAGCUUGAGAUAAGUGAUUUCCAAUUUGGAGAUUCAGCUUUGCGUUCUCUUUUGCAUCAUUUUUACAGGCUGCAAUUUGUGAAGAUUUCAACAUGCGGGGUAACUCAUCAAUGCUGUGAGGAAAUUGCCCGCCAAUUACCUCAGUUAGUAAUAGAAGUGGCUGACAAGAUUGCCACACCUUCGGAUCAGAGGGGCUAUGACACUCUAUUCAUGUACCGAUCUCUUGAUGAAGCAAGCACCAUAUCGACCAAAGUAUGUGCAAACCUUCUAAAGUUAUAUGAUGUGCGAAACUUUCUAAAGUUAUAUGAUGUACCGAUCUCUUUAUGAAAAAUUUAUGACAAAUUUACGAGAAUACUAUAUUUGACCCCUCUUUCAUUUUUAAAAAACUCCAUUUAAUAUUGAUUCAUUCAAAAUGUGUGUCAUUUAACUUUACAAGUCAA